UCGGCGUUUUGAAAUUUUGUUACUUAUUUGCUUGCAGCUAAUUAUAAAAGGCAAAAUGAAGAGCUUCCUAGGUGCUUCGGUCUUAAUCGUCUGUCUGGGUGUGUCUCUGGCACUGACAGAGUGCGAAGAGCACCGCCAGAGGGAACUCGCCUCGGACGCCAAGAUCAAGUUGGUGCCCAAAUGCGACAAGAACGGAGACUACGAGGAUUACCAGUGCUUCGAGGGCUCCCCCUUCUGUAUGUGCUGGAGGAAGGAUGGAAGUCACAUCACUGAACCCUCCAAACGUCUCGAAACUUGUCUUUGCCACGUCCACAGAGACACCGAACUCACCAAAGCGCAAAAUGGAAUGGUUGGAAAUUUUAUUCCUCAGUGCGAAGAGUCCGGAUACUACAGUAAGAAACAAUGCCACGGAUCUACCGGAUUCUGUUGGUGCUCAGACGAGAAGGGUAACAAGGUUGGAGACUCUGUUCGUGGAGAGUUGGAAUGUUAACGAUGUUGAGCAAAUGAAAGUGUUGUAAAUAAUUGUAAUAAAAACAAUCUUUCUAAUUUG